AUGGCGGCCACAACUGAAAAAGAAAAUGUUAUGCGAGACAUACGCAUCCAAAAGCUAUGUUUAAACAUUUGUGUUGGAGAGAGUGGAGACAGACUUGUAAGAGCUGGAAAAGUACUUGAAGCCCUAACAGGACAAAGUCCUGUCUUUUCCAAAGCAAGAUUCACUGUCAGAUCUUUUGGAAUCAGAAGGAAUGAAAAAAUUGCUGUACAUUGCACUGUUAGGGGACCAAAGGCAGAAGAAAUCCUUGAAAAAGGAUUGAAGGUAAAAGAAUACGAGUUGAGAAAGGGAAAUUUCUCACAAACUGGCAACUUUGGUUUUGGAAUCCAGGAACACAUCGAUUUAGGGAUCAAAUAUGACCCAAGCAUCGGUAUCUAUGGAAUGGAUUUUUAUGUUGUUCUGUCUCGCCCUGGAACACGUGUUGGAAAGAGGAGACAACGCAAGAGCCAUGUUGGUUUUAGCCACAAAAUAACCAAAGAUGAUGCAAUGAAAUGGUUCCAGAAGAAGUAUGAAGGAAUCUUGCUGCCUGGAAAAUAA